AAUGAAAAAUCAAAACUAUUCUCCUCUCUGAACAAAGCGAAGUGUUUCCAAGUAACUUCCAGAUACGCGAAACCAGAUCUGAACAUUGGAGAGAUUGUCCCGUGUGCAGUAUAAGACAAGCGAGGGAGAGUCGCGUAUUUUGUCUGAGCGAGAUGCACGGAAUUCACGGAUGUGAAGUUGAAAUGGAACCAAGCUGAUUCAUUGCCCGGGAAGCUGACGACGCGUAAUCAUGUCCUUCACUGAAGGCGGUCUGUUGCUCAGCAAGAGCUCUGACGGCAGUGACCUGGUAGCAUCAAUCACCUACCAUUCGAGUGGCCUGGGCACACUGAAAAAGCUUCCGAACUGGAAGCCUCUUCAACGGACUUUGCCUGCCCUGGCUUCCUAUCCACAAGUUGCUUUCCAUACGCUCUUGGUUGACGAAGAUCCAGCCAAUGAAGCUUUUAAGCUCCAGGCAUCACGGAGAGUCGCUGCAGUUGUCUUCGUAUAUUGGGAUGACUCUCCCCCAGUGGACUUGGCUAGUAGUGGAUCAUCUAUUGCUGGCACUGCUACCGGCACCACCCCGAAGAUCAAGAUUCCUGUUGUGGUCGUUACCAAAACCGACGGGCAGAGGAUUGGCGAGUUGCUGGGACAGGCCGAGGCGCUGUAUGCUGAAAUUGACGUGGAGGGCAACAAGCAGCCUGCUCUGGCCACAGCUGCAGCAGCACAACCAGAUUUGGAGAAGGACACACAAGAUGCAAGUGCUGCCGCCUGUGUAGACCCUGAUGCACCCAAGGCGUUGAAGGUCAAUGCGGCCUCUUCGUCAAGCGGAGGACUCUUCGGUGGAUUGGUAUCAAGUGGCAAAGAACAGAAGCAGGCUUUCCCUCUUUCAUCACGGAUCACACGUCUUUUCCUCGUAGACCCCGACAAGAAGGGCAGUGCGUCAAAUCUUGUGAACAUGAGCAGUGACGCAGAACGUUUCCGACAAGUCUUUCAGACCUUUGAUGAAUUUGAGCGUUACUGCGAAGAUGGACUGCCGGAGAAGUUGUCCAAGUCAGUUGAAAAGACCUGCCAGAACUUGAAGGAAUACUUGAGAGUGACCGACUUGGACGAUUUGCCGUUCCACAUGCUGGCUUCCUUUCGCAUGCGAUGGGUGCCUCCAUACUACAAGGAAAGCAAGAAGGAAAGCAAGAAGGAAAAGAAGAAGGAUCCAGUUAUGGACUACUUCAAUUCCUGUUGGAAGGCUGUUGUGAAGAUCGAUCACACCUGCAUUCGCAACUGCUUUCGACCUUUCUUUGAACUUGCAGCAACGCUGGAAAUCCCAUGGGGUAAUUAUGGCAACGUCCCUGUUCUUGAUCGAUUCGCCAGUUCUCUUCUCUACAUGCACUCGAAGGAAGUGUCCCGCAAAUUGAGCUCACUUGACGAUGUGCAGAGGGAACUAUGUAUAUGCCAAAUGAUGCUUGGUAUUGAUAAAAAGAGAACAGCCGGUGAAGCACAGAGUAUAUGGAAGCAGCUUAUCCUUGCAAUCAACACACAAAAGUUACCUUGGAGUGAGAGCGUUCAGCAAUUGUUCCACGAGCAACUGAACCUCGCCAACUCAUGGCAAGUGGCCCACAGUCAUCAGUUCGAUGCUUCUCUACUAGGCUCGCUUGUUACCCACUACGAACUGGUGAACAUUCGUCAAAUACUCUGUCUGGUGAUGGGUGUUUUCCCACUGCUGGCGCCUCGUGAUGAUGUUGUCCAUCAGCUGCUACGGAAGCUCUAUCCUCUAUUUUCAGAGGCUCUUGCUAGACAGACGAGCCUGGAGAUGUUCACCAGCGAGAACACGAUAUCAUCAUUCCUUACUAACGCCAAGGACUUGCUGGGAUUUUUGCUGAAUGCAAGAACGAAUCGUGUGCAGCUUCAAAAGAAAAGGGCACGGGACGAGAUGAAAUCGGCUAUCAGAGAUCAGCAGGCAGCUGCGGCGGCAGCUGACAAGCAAUCAGCUUCAGCGCCAUCACUCAGCGAGAAUUCACUGCAAUCAACGUCAGCAUCAUCGCUCAGCGACCAGGCACCACCGUCAGCUUCUGAAGCUUCUGCAGAUAUGAGUGCUGCUACAAGUGUGGUGACAACGGCUACUGCUACGGAUCCGACUGUCAGUGUUGUUCCAGGGGUGAUUGUGGGUGCUUUGUCUCUGGCUGCAAAGGAACUCAUAGCAGAGGAGGACAAGAUGUUUGCUAAAUGGAUCUCUGCCGUAGUUAAGAGUCGCUUUCUCGUCAUGGCGUUGCCUGAUGUUCAAUUUCCGGAUUAUAUCGCGGAGUUUGUGAGUGAGAUGUCUCAACCACUAGCAGGAAUGGCAACAAGCGAGAUCAGUACCUUUGUGGCCCACAGAGCUGGCAGUUUAUCUCCCGAGUGCCUGCGGCCACUCCUAGAAAAGUUCAAUUGGCUUGGUCCUGAGGUGGGCGUUGCAUUCCUGAAGUCUUACAGACUUCCGAAAGACCGUGGGUUUGACUCUCCAGCUCUCUGGAGGCUUCUGGCACUUUUUGCCAAGCGGUGGUCCACGUUGAAGGCACACAUCUUGGAACUGCUCAAGAGCAUUGCGUUUGCGUAUGUUCAGCGCGAUCAGGCCAGUCGCGUUUUGAAUGAACUGCUGCACAUGGCUGGGCAUGUGCCGAUGCUGCUGUCGGAUGAAGGAGUGGAGGAGGUAGUCGACCUUGCCAGCGACUCUGACGAUAGUGAUGCCGAGGAUGACAGCCUUGGCAGUAGUAGUACUGCUUCCAAUGCGCUCGACAGCCUUGGAUCACGGUCUGACGCAACGCCGGUUGCCGACAGUCUCACCAGCGUCAAGUCCAAGGGUCACGCGCUACUGGAGGAUCUAACUGAGUUCCUUGCCCAGGAUAUUGUCAUUGCGCAAGACUUGGCAGAGACGUUGAGGAUUAGCCUGCCAACAGUGCUGGAGUAUAUUGACGAGGCAAGAGAGGAGAAUCCGCUUUGCGAUGCUGUGCUCGAUGCGCUUGUGAUGACCCUUCCACCCAAGACCAAGUUGUUCCUGGAUUGGCAAGGCAUCAGCGAUCAGAACCUGGUGAAGGCAGCAGAUUCUGCCCAGCGAUUUGUAGCAACUCUCUACAGCUUGUUGAACAAGCACACCAAUUUAUCCACGGCGGUCUCGUCUCAGCAGCAUGGGAAACCCUUGCAAUGUAUUCGGUUCCUUUGGAAGCUUGCUUAUGGAUGUGCAAGUGAAAUUUCUGUGGAGAAACUGAACAUCGCCAGGUUACCAAAGCUGCAAGCUUUUUCUAUGAUCCACUUGCGCCUGUCUAACGAUGAACAGUGCCCGAAGGAGUUCCGAGAGUGGUUUGCUGAGCUGAAGCAGUGGGCUCAGAACCUGAACAAGAGCAUAGUGGAAGAUGAGGUUCGACAAGACCAUCUGCAGCUGUGCAUCGAUAUGUGGAGGCCACUGUCUGGGUUCUAUAAAAAUGUAGGGCUCGACUCUCUCUUGUCUGAGGUGGAGGUGAAAGAUAAGCUCACCACCCUCGAGACUACAGAGGAUGCGGUUGAUCAUCUGCUUGUAUGGCGGCCCAAAGGAUCGACACCGGAGAAGCUGUACUUGACAAAACAGCUGCUGAACAAAUACGGUGUGGCCAUUGACUCCAAGAUCGAGACAGCAAUUUCCCAGAAUGUUGUCCUGCCAGACUGCCAUGGAAAAGCUUAUCAUCGGGCCAGAUCACGAAGGGAUCGCCCUGGCUCAGCUCCACGCGCCCAGGCUUCACAAGCGGUUGCUACUCGUGCUGCAGCGGGAGACAGCAGGGAGACUAUUAAUAAGGCUCGAUUCAUCCCAAGCACCACCCUGCAAGAAGCCAAGGAAUUGCUUGAUGUCAUCAGUGACUGGCUUGUCCCGGUCGUGGAGAAUCUUGAUGUCCUGGUGUUUUUCCAUCACCGCAAUAGCAGACUCUUCUCGGCUUUCCUCCAGAAAGAGCUCAACUCGGUGGUUUUAAAGCGGUCUGCAGUUGGCGCGGGAGACGUGGAAGCAACCACUCCUGAUUCACAGUUAUCUAGCCUGUUCUCUAAUGCAGAUAUUUACUCAUCAUCUCGAUCCUCAGGGUCUCCAGAAAGUGAUGCUUCUAAUACUAGCCAUGAUCCGAACGAUGGCUUUUCUUUGGAGGAGUUUGCCAGUGCUCUUCGUGCAACGCAAGACUGGCUGCACCGGUUUGUGACCAACAAAGCAAAGCUCAGUGAUAUGUACAUCAUCACGCAAGACAUUUUCCAUGCUGUCAGUGUCCAGCAAGAGUUUGAUGCGUUGGUCGAAUUCGAGCCAUUUCAAAUUGCCAAUAGAUUGGAGCAAGGCAGCUCAAGUGGAGGCAGUGAUGUAUUGGCCAAUGUCCGUUCAAUGCUGGAGCUGCUGAACUACUCUGGUAUUCUGAUGACUAUUGUGAAUGUCUGUCACCAGUACCAGCUGGAAGGCUGUCUGACUGAUCCGCAGUUUCGACAGGUUCACUCCUUUGCCAAGCAGUUGUCAGAGGGUUCAUUCUUUGAGGAGUUGGAUUCAGGACGUGCCUCACAAGUCAAAACGGAACUGGACACAUUGCUAUGCGGUACCAGGCCGGAGAACCUGCAGAUUUUUGCUGCUAUCCAAGACUGUGUGGAUUUUGGCAAGAUCAUAUGUGAGCACAAGUUUGAUCGUCCCCAAGGCAAGGCAAAGUUUGAAAGUCAAGUGAAACUCAUCAUGCAUCAGAUUGAGAAUGAAGAGUACAACGACAUUGUUCUGAACCACCUUACUGCCAGCUUUGUGUACAUGCUGCCGUUUGUGGACAAGAGCAGCACCUUUGCUGUAUUACUGAGGAAGGUGAAAAGCUGGCAGCCUGAUAUUAUCCAGCAUGCCAUUCAUCAGCUGAGGACAGUGCAUGACAACAUGGAGAUGAUCAAAUUUUGGUUUUCUCGAGCGCAGGGGGAAACUCUGGAGAACGUCAUUUACGAACUAGACGAUAUCCUGUCCUCGGGCAAGUACUGCUUCGUGUUUGGUGCACCAGCUGCGGAAGAGCUACCAUUCUCCGAGGACAUGGCAGAUGACCAGAAAAGUGCAAUACUAUCCAACCCGUCGGUGGUGCACAUCAUCUACCGCAUUGGCAGUGCUCGUCCAGUGCCCGACACUCCCAGUACAGCACUGCAAUCAAUCAAUUUGCAGACAGACACCAGUAGUGGAGGCGACACUGGAUAUCGCUAUGUUUCUCCAAUACAAAGUCUACCCGGCCUCGUGCUACCAAGGAACCAGGCCGCAACAGUUGCGUCAAGCAAUGCAGAUCACAAUGCUGCAGCGGCGGCGGCAGCAAUGCCUGCUGUGCCUGAUGACCUUCGACGUGUGAUGGAGCGCCUUGGCGGUUCUGUGGAGCGCAGUUCACCUUCUUCGUCGUCAGUAGGUGGUCCCGUUGCAGCAAGGCCCAGAGUAUCUGUGCGUGUACUGUCUGCAGAAGACAUUGAUGACUUUGUGCGCCGGCUUGGUUUUGUCGAGUCCGGCUCGAACAUAGAGCAUCAGCCAAAGAUCAAGAAGUUUGUGGCAAGAAACCAGGCCAUCCGUGAGGACUUUUCCCUUUGCCAGAAGCUAGCUGCGCUGGGUCAUCAACGUUUUCUCGACAGGUUGAAGUGUGUCUCUGUCAAGGAAGCCAAUGAUGAUUGGCUGGGCUCCACACGCCUAACCCUGUCCAAGUGGAGUGAGAAGGUGGCUGAGUAUCGUGAGAAGUACCCCCUGCUGGUCUUCUUCAGUGUACAGCAGACCGUCGCCAUGUCCCGGUUGCUGCACAGUGAGAAUGCUCACUAUUGCUUCGCUGGUCUGAUCCACUACAUUGGACAGCUCUACUUGAAUACCCUCCCAACUUGGCAGACUCUGAACUCGGCUGUGACCACCUUGUCCAAUCGCAUGUCUCAAGGUUCCCUGGGAUCACGUCUGCAGAAUGCACCACCCAUCGAAGUUGUGGGCGAUUUCCUCAAGCGUUUGUCGAACGCCAUCGGCGGUGACCAAGGGGCACUUAGUUUGCUACCGGGAAAGACGUCGGCAAUGAGUGCUGACUCGCCACUUCACCAAGAGCAUCGGUGCAUUUUGCAUGUCACCUCGCCGUCAACGCCAGCUGAAAUGCUGCGGCUGCUGCUCUCUAUCUUCAUGGCCAUACCGCACUCUUUUCAGGUGUUGCGCUGUCAGAGUUCCACCACUGAAGAGCAGCUGAGUCUCUUUCUCAGAAAGGCCUUCUUGUACACAGAUGGCACAUUUGUUCUGUUCGAAGUCAACAAGCUCUCUAGUGCAUUGCAGGAGUACCUGCUGUCCACACAGCUGGAGUAUCACACGGCACACACCAGUGCGGUAGCACGCAAUCGCCAGCCCACACGCCGAGCCCAGUUGCACUGCUUGGAGAGUGGCAAGUCCAUGCUGCAGGAUGUGCCCUGGGUGCGCACUGUGCGCUAUCAGUCUGACCAGAAGGUCCUGAGUGAUCCAGCCUGUUUUGACGUGUGCACUGUGAACAAGACCGACAUCAAGAAUGUCCAUGUGGUAUAUGGCGAUGCAGGUAGUGGAAAGUCACACUUCAUCAAGUCUCACAUCAAACAGCACAACUGUAGUGAGUCACUGACCAUUGCCGUAAACGAGGCAUUCACCGCUACUGCCGCCAUCAAGAAGCUCAGAGCUCUGCCCCGGGUGGAACUGGCCAGCAUCUACUUCAACAUAACAGUAAUUUCUCAGCCGAAAGCAACACGUGAAGAGCAGGCAGCCUAUGCAUCAUUGCUUGCUGAGUUCCACUGGGUGUUGCUGGGACUGAUUGGAUUUCACUGUGUGGAAGACCAUGCAUCUGGUACCCUGUUCCGUGUCCCAGGUGGCCUGGCGUGGCGCAUUUACGUUGAGGUCCCGUCUCAGUUGAGCUCUGAUAACACCGGUAGCGACCUACAGUCAUUCCUUCAUCACGUUCCUCUUCUACGAUUCGUAGGCGAGCGACACUAUGUAUCAGCAGAGUUCCCAUAUGAUCUGGAGGUUGAUAAGGAAUUUCAAGUGGUUGCCAAGUACCUGAACGCCCAUAAGGACGGCAGCAUUGAUCGCACUCACCGGGAUUAUGGUCGUGCAUCAGAAGCGAGGACAAUUGCCAGUGGGCCGAACAUCAGCGAGCAGCAGUGUCAGAUGUUACUGCGCAGGUUCACACCGGCUCAUCUGCGAGAGAGAAAGAUUCUGCAGCGUCUGUUUGUCAGGUACAUGUUGCGUCGCUGCUUGGUGCUGGAGAAUAUGCCAGCAUACACGUAUAACACUGGUCGGGGUGUUCGAGACGAGUCGGGCAGCUGCAGUGACACCAGUGAGCUUGGCUCCACGCUGAUGCGAGCCAUGCUGAAGGAGACGCAGCAGUUCUGCAACCCGCAGCUAAGCACUCAGUUUGAGUCACACUCACAUGAGCAGCUGGUCUAUGAGAUGAAGAGUGGAUGCCACACUGUCCAGCUGCUGUCUACGCAACCGUACAAAAUCAGUGAGGAGGACAGAGUGCGCUAUGCUGCCAUUGGUGUGUCCAUUCCCGAGGAGCUGAAAUUUGGUGACCGUGCCGUGUUGGAUUCCUACCUGUCCUGUGCUCUGAAUGUACCUCUGGAGAAUGGAAGACUGGCUGCCAUCGAUGAAGAGAACUAUGUGUUGACACUGGACUAUACUGUAAAGAUGCUUGCAAUCCAUGAGCGUCGCAUGUGCGGCGUGCCAGUUGUCAUUGAGGGUGAGACUGGUGUUGGCAAAACUGCUCUGCUGCACAUGCUGUCCUUACUGUGGAACCGCUCAGCGCAAUCCUGCAGAAAGAUGAUGAUCAAGGACCUCGGUGACAUUCUGGUUGCUCGUCUGAGCGAGCCAAGCGAAUCUGACAUGGAGCCAACUCGUGUAACAGAGAUGCUCAACUUCGUCCAUGAUUUCAAUAAGGGCAUGAUGGUAACACGGGAGCAGAUCGUGGACUACUUCAUGAAGGGCCGCACCGACAGCAUGCCUACUGACUGCAAGCCGAUUCUUGAAGUGCUGGCUGACCUACGGUCCCCUCGAUCAUGCCUACUGCAAGUCGAUCAGGAUCUUGUUGAACAUGUUCUUUCUCACGGAUCGUCUUCUGCACCAGAAAAGCUGGUAGCUCUCCUGAAGAACUUCUUCACGGCACCCACGAUUAAGACAUUCCACAAAGUGAAAAUUCACUCAGCUCUGACUGCCACUAACUUGAAGAAGCGUCUGCGGUCGAUUUUUGAGGAGGCGCAGGCACUGUCUCAAGCCAUGCACAACCGCAUUACGCAGGAGAGGGAGUGGCUGAAGGUGCACCGUCCUCAUGCAGUGGUGGAGAAGCACGAAACACCAGUGUUCACGGUGUUUAUGGACGAGGUUAACACAACGUCCUGUAUGGGUCUCUUCAAGGAGCUAUUGGUGGACAAAACAUUGGAUGGAGAGCCCGUGCCAGACAAUGUAUUCUUAGUGGCUGCGUGCAAUCCACAUCGCAGUAGCUCGGUUGGUGUGUCGUCAUACAUGUCACAUCGUGACUGGAUGGCCGGCUCCUAUCAAGUACGUGCCAUCCCGCCAUCACUGCGCUGCCUGUCCUGGAGUUACGGUGCACUCAGUGGAAACCAGGAGAAGGAGUAUAUUGAGAGCAAGAUUGCCAACAUCGGCAGCACCAAAGUCGACAUGUCUGUGCAGCUAUUGAGCACCCUCAUUUUGACAAGUCAGCGAAUCAUGAGGGAUUUUGCUGAGGAGCAACUCACUCUCAACAAGUUUGAUCCGAGCGAGGCUAAGCUGCGUGCUACGAGUUGCGUCAGUCAACGUGACAUUCAGCGUGUGUUCACUUUGUCAGCAUUCUUUGACAGAAGCUUGCGCAAGGAUAGAGACCACCUGGUUUCCUCCAGAACGACACUGCCAUCAGCUGCAGGCACUCCGGUGGGUAGAUCACGUUACUUCUCCCUUCUCAGUUACUGGCCAGUAGCUGAGAGAAACAUCAGUAGCAGCAGCAAGUCAGGGAAGGCACAGUUGCCCAGUCGCGAAGCAUUGCUUCUGGCCUUGGGUCUCGUCUACUACUUGCGAUUGGAUACCAACUACCGAUGUCUGUUUGUGCAGCGAUUGACCGCUAAGGAGGAGCCUUUGGGGCGUAGAGAUCCUUUCUUGACCAUCCUUAACAGAGAGAUGGACAGGUACAUGAGCUGUCUCUCCGUCCCAGCGGGCAUAGCCAAGACCCAAGCUUUGAAGGAGAACAUCUUUGCCACAAUUGUCUGCUGCGUUGUGCGCAUGCCAUUGAUUAUCGUGGGCGCACCCGGCUCGUCCAAAACUCUCUCUUUCAACCUGGCCGUUGAGAACCUGAAAGGCCUAGAAAGUCCAAAAGAGUUCUUCCGUGAUACGAGUCGCUUUCCAGCUCUGGAUCCGCAGUUCUACCAGUGCUCAAGGAAGUCAACGUCCCUGGAAAUCGAGAAUGUCUUCUUGAGAACCAUCAAUCGGCAAAAGUCCCAUCAGAAGAACAGACUGGAUCGAAGCUGCGUUGUGUUCAUGGACGAAGCUGGGCUUCCCGAAGACUGCCACGAGUCGCUCAAAGCAUUGCAUUACUUCUUGGACAACCCGGAAGUCUCAUUUGUGGCCAUCACCAAUCGUGUCUUAGAUGCCGCCAAAACAAACCGAGCCAUCAGUUUGUUCCGACCUGACCCAGACGAGUCUGAUCUGUGUACACUGGCAUACGGCUGCAUGUGCUCUGACCCAGAGCAUCCCCCUCCCUACAUGCAGUCCACAAAGAAGAUGCUGGACAACUUCUGCGGUGUCUACCGCCUCUUGAUGCAAGACGAACGCUACAGCUCGUUUUUCGGUCUACGAGACUUUAUUCACUUCAUUCACUACCUCCGACGCGGUGUUCUCAAGGAUCAGGAGAUCACACCACAGAUUGUUCUGCGUGGCCUGGAAAGGAACUUCAAUGGUAUCCUUGAGAAAGACUUCAAGGACCUGGCUCAUCGCUUUUUGGCGGCGAUGGAUGUCAGCAAGGAGCGUCUGCAGGAGAUUGAGCAGCGUAGUGUGGUGGAGAUUCUCGCCGAGAGCAUAGAGGACAACCCAAUGGCUCAGUUCCAGCAACGGCAUAGAUUUGCUGAUGAUAGCAGCGUGGACGAACUUCAGGACUCUCUGGCUUGUGACCAGGACCAGGUUCGCUACAAGUUGAUCAUUGAUGAGAGUGAGGAUGACAGCAUGACCCGAUUGCUGUUCCACUACAAAAUUCUCGAUGAAGCUCGCACACGCUGCUUCACCUGCUCUGACUUUACUGGCGACAGCGAGCUGCAGCAGAUCAAUCUCGUCUCAUCCAUUCGCCAUGCUGCACUCGAGGGCAGCACAGCUGUACUCAGUGAGUCGGACGCCAUCAACGAGUCCUUCUAUGACCUCUUCAACCAGCGCUUCAGGCAAAUCGCUGAUCCGAAGGGUGUACGCUACUUUGCCAACAUUGCCAUUGGGUCGCACAGCAAGCUGAGUCGUGUGGAUCCAUCAUUCCAGUGUGUGGUGCAUGUCAGAGCUGCAGAGCUGCACCUGGCUCCGCUGCCUUUCCUCAACCGGUUUGAGAAGUACCGCUUGUCACAAAGGAACCUGCUUGAUGUCGUGCUCAAGUCUCUUCCGCACAGCAUGAAGGAAGUCAUCAUGCUGGCAAUGGACAAGGUGGAAAAGUUUGUGGAAUUCAUCGGCGAGAAUAACUUCACUUCUUUCAAUUCCGAAACCAUCGUAUCGCUGUUCAUAGAUUUUCUGCCACUGCCUGGCCAUAAGCUGUACACACGCCAGUAUGAUGUCAUAGGAGAAGAUGACGAGGAGGAGGAGAGUGACUAUGAGCCAAUGGAGGCCGCUAGUCUGACACGGGGUGAUGCCAGAGAGCCACAUGAUAUGCAGAAAGCCAAGAUGAUAGUUUUCAACAUGUUUGAGAACAUUAUGCGCGCAGAGGCAGGUUUCCGCUUCGUUGACCUGCCUACGACGCACAAGGAGCAAAUGUUUGGAGAGCUUCUUCAACAGGCCUUUGAUCUAGAGCCACUCAUGUCCAAGAGUCUUCUAGAGUCUGACCUGCGUUACCCGAAGCGUUUCCGAGAGUACGUAUUGGGAGCACUGGAUCACCUCUACACCACCAGUCCAGAAGGAGUGUACACAGGCAAUGACAGUGGUGAAUGUGCCAACUUUCACAAUGGUCAACGCUUUGUCACCGCCAUCAUCCUGCAGUGGAUUGUGAUGCGAAUGACGUCACGGCUUCUGCAGCUGUUACGUCCCGAAGUGCUUGUACUAAAGAGAUCAGUGCUGCCUGAUUGGGUGAUGGAUACUUACCUACAACAGCAGUCUCACUUUGAUCUCAAAGCUUUGCUUGCCAGCAAGGUAGAGAUGCUUGACAACAGUACGGACAGCAACUCCGUCAAUAAUAAGCUACUCAUCUUCACACAAACCAAGCCCCAACUCCAUCGCAUAGCUCACAGCUGGCCUGUUGAUGAUGUCUCUACUGUUCCGGCCGACACUAUCACCGCAUUGAAAGAGCUAGUCUGUGAAGACUUGGAUCAGAUUGUGCUGGGCAAACUGGAUCACAUCCACACUGAAGAGCAAAUGAAGACGAUGUUGCAGCGGUUCAUCCGAUCUGAAACUCAUCAAGUGCUGGUGUUCAUGGCAGACACAGCAAACUGCUCUCGUCAGAGGAUCAACCACCUGAGACUGAGCAUUGAAGAUGAGGAACGGUCUAACGCUACGUCUUUAUCCAGGGCCAUUAUACAAGAACGAAACGCGCCAUGCAAGACCAAGCUGUUUGUUGUCCUGCUGCAUUCGGCGGCUGAACGUCUCCAUGGUCCCAGCAGCUACCCGGCAUUGUUUCUGCUGGGAUGGGAUCACCAUUACCUGGAGGUCAUCUCUCAUGGCACUUCGCCAGGUGCAGUCAAUGUACAUAAACUGAUGCGUCUUACGUGCCUGUCAAAUCCACCCGUGGGGCUGGCAGAGAACUUCGCAUCGCUUGUUCGCUACUCGAUUGCUGAGCAACUGCCAGCGGCGCUGCGUGUGGUUGUAUCCAGGAUAAUGUUUGGAAGUUGUCCUGGUGGCUGGUUCAAUGGUGAAGUCAAUGCCAGGCGUCGCUUCAAGCUGCUGACCGAGAUCAUGUCACCAGUGCAUCCACUGUCCAGUGUUGUGUGCAAGAGAAUUGCUCAGUACUGGAGUGACCAGGCCGUGCUUGAUCAUUUCCAUGCUACCGCCACACUCACUCACCAGCAGAGUGACUCGUUCAGCCUCACAGAGCAGCUGGAGGAUGUAUUUUCAUUGGUGGUGCAAAACGUUCUGACAUUGCUGAUUAGCAAGCUGAACGAGCACUUCAAUUUUGAGGUGCUCGCUAGGUUAAUGGCUUCCAAGUCGACAGAAAGAAGUGUUUCACCUCCUGCGCAUGAUGGUAGUUCUCAUCGAGAGGCGGCGGUUGAUACAGAAAUGGGUGCAGCCGUGAUGGAUCUGUUUUGUGCGGUUACAGAUGCUUUGCCAUUACCAAACUAUAGUAGCAUCAAGGCCAUGAAUCACAUGCCCGACCUGAGAAUGCCUCGUCACCUGGCUCCUCCACCGCCCACCUUUCCCUUCUUCCAGCGAGUGUGGAGUGCCAACGCGCAGAUUCUUCAGCAAGUCAUCACUGAUGAGCAUGGCAAGCCUGCUGCACCAGCGCGGAAUGCCAAUGCGGCUGGAGGUAGUGAGCAGGAACAGCUGUUUUCCUCCUCGUCCGACAGUCAACAGCAGCUGGAAGAGCGUGCUGCAGCGGCCAUGUUUGAUCGUCUGCACGAGCUGGAACGCUGUGGGACUGUGACUGACAGAACACCGCUGAUAGCAUACCAGCUCAUGGCUCGCUAUCCAUGCUUGUGGCAGCUGUACCUGAAUGAUUUCAUUCGCCAGCGUCUGCGCAUCAGCAGUAGCAGUGCAAAGGCCAGGGGACAAUCACCCGGUCAUCGGCCGGGAGCUGACUUUGAGCACUUGCUGGUUUCCGUCUUCCUAGAGGGACUAACAGUGCAGCCUGUUGAGAAGAGACUCAUUCUGCUGCAUGUCCUCUCGCACUUCCGUCUGCCAGCGCUAUCCAAGCUCUCGCAGUCACUGCGUCCUCUCGCUGCUCUUGAUGGUCUCAUGGACGAGUCAUCUGAGCAACUUGCAGUAUCUGACAGAGCAACGCAGCAGCUUGAAGCUCGCCUGACACUGUUCCUUGUGACCUCGCUUCACACUGGCUUGGUCUCGAGUUUCCGAGAUCGUCCGGAGGCAAGUGUCGGUGUCGACAACCUCUCCCGGUGGCAUUCUGCGUACAUGUCUGUGCUUCAGUCCAUGCCACAUCUGCUGUACACACCUCUUCUGCAAGGAAAGCACAGAGCCAAACUGAACAUCUGUGCAGUCAUCAGUGCUCUGCUCAACAUCAUUCACUUGUCAGUUGAGAACAUCUCUGCAGUCAUUCACCUUGUCAUGGCCUUGCAAGUGGCUCUUGACCGGAACACAACAGCGGAUACGGUAUACUUGAGCAUCACUGAUGCCGUUUACCAUGCCCUGGCAACACUCUAUGAACUCAAUAGCCAGGACUUUGAAGAUGUGCAUACCAGCGAGAAUGGCAAUGUCACCUCUAGUGGCCGGCAGCAGUUCCGCAGGAGCGGUGCUCUGCUCAUCCAGCUACUACUCCAGCACUACUUCCCCACGUUGCCCAAGUCAUUCUCCAUGCAUACAUCAAUAUACUGUGAGGCCGACUGCCUGUGGUUGCUCAAGUCCAUCCACAGCAACUCUGCUAUACUGCUUAGUGAUGAAGGAUGGUCCUUGGUCAAUCAGCCAACCCCGGUGACACACCUUGCCUCUGUGCAAAGCGACGGUAAUGAGAAUGUGCACGUCUUGAAUGCCGUCAGGUCCUGCUGUGAAGAGCUGUUCACAGCAUCAAUGGCUGAAUACUGGACUCAGCAGUUGCUACUUGUAGUACAAAGGGAUGAAGGAGCCUAUGAGAAGCUACGUGCAAACAUUGAAGCAGUGCUGUGUCACAACCGAAGGAAUGCAGCCACUUGCUUCAUCCCAUGCUUCUAUGAUCAGCCAUACAUCCGCCAGUCCUAUCCGGAUCUGGCAGUGAAUAGUAGUCUGCUGGCGGAGUCCUAUUUCACGUGUUGUCUGUUUGAGCGCAUGUCUUCGCUCCAAGGCAUGGAGCUGCUGCACGUGGCUGCCCUGCUGCGUAGACUUGAAACACCAUCCAGCUGUGUUGAGGCCAUCGAGUACCAAGCAACUCUUCAGGUAUUGCUAUUCAAGCUGGCUGACCGCAUGGGUGACUAUGCAUUGGGCUGCGAUGCCGAUCAGCGUGAGGGACUGCGCCUACACUUCCCUCAUGAUCUUGUCAACCUGGUUAACAACUGGGUUCUUGAUCAGGCAACGGGUGGUGGCAAGAAGGGUGGUCACAGCUAUGUCUUGCUGUCGCGCCUGCUGCGCAAGUUGCACAGCUCUGAGCGUCUGGUUAAGCUGCUGACUGGUGAUCAGCUGCAAACACUGGUGCUUGCAUUCAAUCCUUUCCUCAAACCAUUCGUUGAUGAGCUGGAGCACCCACUGGUGAUCAACUGCCAUCUGAUGCCAUUCGCCUACCCGUCCACUUCUGAGUCAUCCGACCUGGGCAAGAUCUAUCGCUCUCUGGUCCGCUAUUCACGUGACAUCAUCGAACGAUCAGCAGAGUUCCGCGGCAGAGAAGAGCAAGAAUCUAUUGGCAUGUUUGUAGCUACGUUACGCGGUCCACUUGCUGAUGCCGUGUCUGACGAGGAGGAGACACUGCGCUGCCAGCUGCGCAUGGUUCUGUGGUACUGUGUGUAUCAUUGCUUCUAUCUGCACCGGCACACCAGCACGAGUCUGACUGCUGCCAUACAUGAAGAUCUGGGUUUCCUGGAGCUGCAGCCCUGCCAGGUAGCAUUGCUUCUGGCCUUCUUGGAUCCAAUCCGUUUGAUCCAGCGAGCAGAAGUUAUGAAUCCUGCCAAUGCUGAUGCCGUACGCUUGCAGUUAGGCCCAUCUGGUAGUAUACACCGCCGCCGCGACCCAUCCGAUCAGGAAGUUGAUUCUCUAUGGCAGGUUUUCGACCCGCGCUUGCCUUUAGACUCGGAGGAUGCUCAGCUACGAAAUGCACUGGCCAAUUUGAUUGCUGGUGUGAUGGGUAUGCCGGCAGACUCUUCUCACCUGUGGGCACACAUGUUCAAUCCAGCUAGCCUGGCUGGAACUUUCCUCACCGGCAACAUGUACCCGAACAAGGUCAGUGCCAACGGUCUGCAGUAUGACUGUGGAUGUGAACUGAAUGCUGACGGAGAGUAUGGCAGAUCCGACUACACAACACACUGUACCAGAGGUAACCUCACUCUUCCGUCGCGCUAUCUCUUGUUGUGGGCUAACUACGGAGCAUUCUGUGUGUCACUUCUGACUCAAGAUGGAGCGUAUGAUGGUCUGCGAGGCCCAGUUAUUUCUGAAUGGCAGUCCGUACGUCACUAUUGCAUCUCUCAAGUACGCACAGCCUGGCUAUUGAUGCGUACCAACCUGAACUUGAAUGACGAGGAGCGGUCCUUCUUUGUUGUGCAGGCGAUGACUAACCUGCAGAAGAAUGGCCAGCGUCUGUUCGGUCAGUCGACGUUUACUAACCUGGAGUCGUUGAACAGAGCAGAGGCAUCCUGGCACAGUGGCGUGUAUGAGCCCAGCAUAGCUGCAUGUCAGAAUCCCACAAUGGUGAAUGAUGCCGUCUGGCAGAAUCAUCCGCUCCUGCUCAAGUUGAGAGAUUUUGAAAACGUGUACCCGAGUCGUGUCUCAUCUAAACACUUCUAUCACGCUGUGGAGCAGCACCAGCACUCUGUCGCUAGUAGGUCAUCGACACAGUGGCAUACUCUGCCCGCGGGCAUUCGUCUUGCCAGGACUGACAUUCUACAGCACAUGAUGGUGUGGCGAAGACGCCUGCAUGUCGGUGGUAUGCUGCUGCCUGAUUUGGUGGAGUUCUACACCUGGAUUCACUCCAUGCUGGCGUUUUCCGUCACAUUUGAGCAGGCCACAACAGUCACAGUAGGCCAGGUUCUGGAAAGGCUUUCGCAGCGCUACAGCAAGUCUGCUGCUCAGCACAUCAAUCAACUUUUCGAGCGCCUCAGUGGACGCUUCAAUGCGUACGUUGACUUCUGCGGCGGCGUCAUUGGCCACGGAGGAUGUGCAACUGUGAGCAGAGAGAACAAACUGCACCAGCUGUCAGCAAGCACGGUACUACUCUCGUUGCUCAGUGAGAGUACGGAAGAAGGCCAGGGCAAUGACACGCUCUUUGUUGUCUUGAGACAAGUCGUUGAGACACACAACCAGUUCUUGGACAUACUCUCCACACUGCUACCAAGUACAGACGAAUCGUUGUCACGUACCAACUCCUACGACCAGCUGAUGUCGCUGUAUGCUAGGCUGCGGAAUGAUUUAGAUUCCAAUACUAUGAUUCAGCCGCAAGAAGUCAGCAGUCAGACCUGUCUGCUCGGUGAUGUGACCGUCUUGGAAAUGGAGGAAUGCAGCGUCCGAAAUACCGGGAGCAAUGUGCUAGUUGAAGAUCAGCUGGAGUUCCUUCGUGUUAUUCGACGUCACUUUACAUCACAUGCCACCUCUCUGAUGAGUAGCAACUCUGCUGCCAAUGCUCUCCAGUCACUGACAUCGUCAGUCUUCAUGUCUCGCUCAUCCGACAGCAGCAGCAGCAAUGAGAGUGCUUUUGAUCUGCAUAGCAUCGAGCAGGACCUGUUGCUCACCUACGCGAUGGGAAGAGCAAGGAUCGCCGACCCGGCUUCUAUGCGCAUUGUCUUCAAAUUCAAAGAUGUGGCUGCGACUAGUGUGCCAACUGCUCAGCCACAUCCUACACAGCAACCCACACCUGCCGUAGAUAUCUCCAAAGUGGACAGCCAGCUGCCGACUGGGUUCUCGAAGGACUUAAGCAGUGAAGCGCUGCAGACACUCAAACUCUUGUCGCAUAAUCUUGAUUCGGUGGUGACAGGCGAGUGCUUGACAAUGCUGCUAACCAUACUGGGACAUGUUCGUCAAGCAGUCUUGCAGUACAGUCAUCCGCUAGCUUUGCAGGGUGGUGAUGACGAUGAUGGCUGUGACAAUGCACAAGUAGCAAGUCGCGUUACUGAGCCCUCCACUCGGCUGCUGCAGUUCCUGACACCAUUACUCUGUCCCGCUGGACUGUCCGGAUCAGUACUUUCGGAGCUAGUCAAGCAGCUUGCAGCGCAAAGGGUUCCUGAUCGCAUGGUAGAGCACAUUUUCUCUUUGCCGCUGAGUAGCAUAGUUGGUUGUAUUCACUUCUUUCGCUCUCACUUGCUGAGUGGUGAAUGCCAAUAUGCUCACUUGGCAAUGCGUCUCAAGACUCCACUCAGACCUGAACUCGCUGAGACUCUCAUGGCAGCAAUCCCUGCCGCGUAUGACAACCCGACUGAGUGUGUGCAAGGCAUCAGUAGCUUACUGAGUGUCCUGUCUGGCGUGGAGGCUCAUCUUGGUCAGCAACAUGAUGUUUGCGUGCGUCACUACCUCAUCAGCAAUCAUUUCUACAGCGAGCAUGAGCUACCCAUAGCCUUGUUCCCACCUGAUCAGGUCUGCAUUGAACACUAUGUUGCUCUGCGCCUCCUCUUGACAAGACUGAAGGAUGAUAUCAACGCGAGGAUUGUGUCAUCAUCACCGCCGUCGUCAUCGCAGGGUGCAAGCAGCUCUAGAAGUGCACCACCACCAAGUCAUUGGCCGCAGAGCAUUGAAUCUUGGACACCAGUGGUGGCUGAGCUAUGGAACAAGUUGCCAGGAUGGCAUGAUGAUGAGUUAGGCAAGUUAGAUGCACCAACUGGAUUUGCCUUGCCGCUCUUCCACUUGGAGGGUGGCACCAUUAGAGCUCUGUACGGCAAUGAUGACAGUGAUGGUGAUGCCACUCCGGUCUUGGAACAGUCACUUGGAGAAGAUGACUGGCUGGACAUGGCACCAGCCAGUCGGCGUCAAGACAACAAAGACAAGCUAUUUCCCGACAUCAGUACACCUGUAGACUCUGACGCUGACGCAUCAGUGGCUAUUCUUUCACGUGGACUGACUGGAUUUGAUGACUCUGAUGAUGAUGAGGAGGAGGAAGACACUGAUGAUGGAGGCUCAGAAACCGGUUCAGUGAGUGAAUCCUCUUCAUAUUCACCGGAUUUUGUGCGCAGUCCAUCAUCCCAGUCAUCUGGCUCUGGCGACCCUGGCAACAUGGAAUCAUUCUGUAUCGUGGAUCACGACAGUAUGUCCCUGACAUCAGGUGAUAACAUUGGCCCUCCCGGCUCUGUUAGUAGCGAUGACAGAGAAGCUGUCACUCCAAUGAAUCCAACUGCCGACACGAGUCACUUACUUGAAGGCGUAGCCACGGCCAGACCAACAUCAUCUCCCAUCCAGAUUUCCGCUGGUGAACGGCAGAUGGCCAGUGGAAAUUUGCUGCUUCCGUCACCAUCAACUGCCAGCCCAGCAAGUGCCCUUUCCCCAUCCAUGCUGAAGACUCUUCAAAAUGAGGAACUACUAACUAUGUCGGUUGAGGAUGUGGCCAACUGGCUGCGCAAGAUCAACAUGGAAGAUCUCGUGGAGUUGUUCGUGAAGAAGGAUAUCGAUGGAGGUAUGCUCUCUCACAUGGAUGAUAGUCUCCUGGAAGAACUCCAAGUGAAAACCGUCCUGAAGCGUAGGCGAAUUCUCUCCGAACUGAGCAAGCUACGUAAGCGGAUAUCAGACUUGAGCAUGACGAAACUCACGUUACUCCAAGACCAGUCGUCACUAAAACUGGUAUAACUGUUAUUGCUACUUCCUUCAUAUUCGCAUUAUCAUUCGCUGCUCUCUAAGGCUUUUUUAUCUCAGGAAUGGUACAUAUUCCUCCCCUACAUGUUGUACUGUAUUUUCUUGAUUGAAGCUCACAUUCUUUUAAAAAAUGCAUCCUUGAAAAGAUUCAAAUUGCAUGUUCUACUGACCUGCCAUACAAUGCAGAUUUCUUGCCAUGAAAAUUCACAUUCCUUCAUGCAUCUUACAAUGUACAUGUAUAGCAGAGUACCUUUUCAUGCAUCAGGACGUCGUCGUCCUUGGCAGCUAUCAAUUUUAUUAUGCUCCACGGUAUGCUGAGCUGGAGCAUUGGCUUCUCUUGUCGUUUUCUUCUUUUCUUCUUAGACAGCUAACUCCUAGGUUUAUAGAGCUUUGUGUCCUUGCAACUACAGUACUAAUAGCAUGCUUGCUAUUUUGUUUUCAAGAUUCCACUCCCACUGAUUUCCACCUCUCCCCAUUAAUAGUUGUAGUUGUAAUUUUUGUUUCAGUGUCCUUUAGUACAACGACGAUUCCUGAUGAGUGUUGUACGAAAACUUGUUUGAAUCCCUUUCUUUCUCUACACAAUUUCUUCACAUUUUUCAUCGUUUUAUUGCACAUUGUCUCCACAGUUUUACAAUACAUCAAUAUAGUGUACACAAAUGUCGAUCCAGCUUGUAUUACUGAUUGCGGUUAUCAAGUUGUAAACUAACAAGACUUUUUUUGUUAUUUCUUCUUUUUAUUGGUUUUAUAUUUUCCCCAUUUCCAAUCUUUCGCCACCGCGGUACCGGUUGUGCUCUUUGCUGUCACUGCCAAGCUCUUCAGUAGACAUGUACAGCAUACACAUGCAGCAAUGUAUUGACUACACAUGCAGCAAUGUAUUGACUACACAUGCAGCAAUGUAUUGACUAGCAGUGCACCUAAUCAUGCAUCUCAUUCUUCUUUUACUUUCACCUCUGAUUUUUUUAUAAUUAUGUAUUAUGCGCAUGGCAUAUCCUGCUUUUUCUCUGACUUUUUUUAAGUAUAACAUUUGAAACCUAUCCUGUUCUCCGACUAAUUAUUUCACUACAGUUGUUGAAUUGUUGUUGCCAACGCC